AUGAACGACAAGUACCACCGGGCAGCCCGGGAUGGCUACCUGGACCUACUCAGAGAGGCCACUCGGAAGCAGCUCAACGCGCCCGAUGAAGACGGAAUGACACCGACGUUAUGGGCUGCGUACCACGGCAACCUUGAUGCGCUCCGACUCGUUGUGGGAAGAGGAGGUGACCCUGACAAGUGUGAUAUUUGGGGCAACACUCCGCUCCAUCUGGCCGCCGCCAACGGCCACCACAGCUGCCUGUCCUUCCUGGUAUCGUUCGGUGCCAAUGUGUGGUGCCUGGACAACGACUACCACACGCCCCUCGACAUGGCCGCCACCAAGAGCCACAUGGACUCUGUCCGAUACCUGGACUCCAUCGCCGCCAAGCAGUCUGUCCUCAACCCCAAGCUGGUGGAGAAGCUGAAAGACAGAGCAUUCCGCGCAACAGAAAGGAGGAUAAAGGACUGUGUGAAGAUGCAGCAGAAACACCACCAGCGACUGGAGAGAAAGCACCUGAAGGAGAGCGUGAGGUCGGAUAACUCAGACGCCAUGAGUUUCUCCAGUUAUAACAGCAGCAGCACGCUAAGCCGCAAUCUUCCUCAGUUCAACACUGCCAACAUGCCAUACUCACAGGCCACUGUACACUCCACAACCAAGGGGAGGACCAAGAUUCACAAGAAGCUAGAGAAGAAGAAACAGGUGGACGGCACCUUUAAGAUCUACGAGGAUGGGAGGAAGAGUGUUCGCUCGCUGUCUGGCCUUCAGCUUGGCCAGGACGUCAUGUUCCUAAAGCAGGAAACUUACGCCAACUCUCAGGACCACUCGCGCCUCAACAUCCGGGACAUGUUCCCUCACCACGGCAACAACCACGAUCACCAUGACAACGACCACUACGAUGACGAUGAACGUGCCGACACCAUCUUCCACCUCUCCCGUGCCAUCAGCGACCCGGUUCUCCACGAGGCCGCCUACUCCGAGAUCAGCACUGACUCGGGCCGUGACUCCCUUUUCACCCGGCCCGGUCUUGGAACCAUGGUGUUCCGACGGAACUACGUCUCCGAUGGCCUAUUCGCCAUUGGAGCCCGGGACGAGGGUUCUGUGGCUGGCUCCGAGCCGGUGGGCCAUGCCCCUAACGUCCGCCUCCGUGGUCGUCUCCCCCGGCGCCAGACCAGCCUGGAUGAUGCAAUAAAGAUAGACAGCAUCAUGAGCGCCCUGAGCCUCCAGGAGAGGAACCUGCAGGAGCUGCCCUGGGAGAAGGCUGACGUGGGCCUGGACGAGGAGCUGCCCUGGGAGGAGGCUGACGUGGGCCUGGACGAGGAGCUGGAGCCUGAGAGUGGACGCCUGGAGACGUUUCUUGCCUCCCAGAGCCUGGGGGAGUUCAUGCCCAUUUUCAGAAGGGAGAAGAUUGACCUCCAAACUCUGUUGCUCUGCUCAGACCAGGACCUGACCUCCAUACACAUCCCCCUGGGACCCAGGAAGAAGCUGCUAAAGGCUUGUAAGAGACGGCUGGACACCCUGGAGGAACCAGAGGGCAUCGAGGACACUGAGCUCUGA